AUGAGUGUUUAAAUACCUUAUAAUUAGAAUUCUUGCUUCAAGGAUAGGCAUAUCACUCCCAACAAUCUAUUUAAUCAGAUUGAGACAGACUUAAGAUUAAUUACAGAAAAAUGUACAAAAUAAAUAUAAAAAACAAAUUUAGUGCAUGAAAAAAUUAUGUAUAAUUAAGUAUUAGAUCACAUAAAUCAAAUGAUAUAGAAUAAUUCUGAGAAGCAUAUUUUAUUUAAAUAGAACCAUUUCUAGAUUAAUGAUAAUUACAAAUAAUAAUAGACAAAUAGCAAACUGGAUGUUUAAAUGAGUUAUUUUGUCACUUUCGUAUUCCAAUUUGAGACUAAAGAGGAAGAAUUUACACAUUAACUCAGUUUCAAAUAGCUCUACUUAUUUCUAUUAAAGGAAUACUCUGUUAUUAUAAAAUCAAUGUUUGUUAUUUUGGACUAACAGGAAAAUAUAAUAAAUCCUGAUGAUUGGGAUUAACCUUUUUUAUGCGGAAAUAAGGCUCAGUCUCUAUUCAUCAUAUAAUCUCUUUCAUAAUAUUUAAUGCCAUAAAAAUCAUAAAUAGCACCAAGAGAAUCACAAACAAGUGCUUAAUCACAAAAAACUUCAGAAGUCUUUUCACUUUUUAAAUCUUGUAAUCCUAUUUUUUAGGAUGUGAAAAAGGAAUCUAGAUUAUAUCAAAGUCAUUCAACAAUUCAAAAAUACAAUAGUUUGAUGAAUAGUAUAGCUUAUCGAUGCAAAUAUUGCAAUUAAGAGAUUUAAAAUCAAUAAAUUAUGUUGAAAUGUUACCAUAAUUAUCAUGAGGACUGUCUUACUUCAAUGUUAAAAUCAUAAAUUUAAUCAGGUUAACCCAUACUAAAUUGUUUAUGCAAUUACAAAAUACACAUAAAUGAGUUGGAUUUAUUGACAAAUUAUUUGAAAGAGAAUUUAUUUAAUAAUUAGAUUGAUACAAUUUAUUAGAGAUAAUAAGGAUAAUUUAUUAAGUGUAAAAAUUGUAAAUUCUUUUACAUGAAAACAUAAAAUAAAUCGCAAAUACGAUCAGCUUGCAUAAUGUGUUCAACUUGA